GCAACCUUUCUGCCUUUUCUCCAGAGGGAAAGGCGUUCACGUUCUCUGGGCAAUGUCCCCGCGUCCCCCUUUCCUGACCCCCUGGCGAUCGCGGCGCGUUCCGCUUUUCUGAUGUGAUCUGCUGAACAAGAAGUGCAACGUUCUGGGAAAUCUCACUGUCAGAUUCACAGUGUGCCAGCCAUCGAUCUGACUCGUGAAUGGUCAUCGUUCUUGGGAUCCUUUCUGUCUUCGUGAGAGGAAAAUUGAGGCAAAAAUGGUUGCUGGGUUACUAAUGGAUUCUUCUAAGCACUUACUGACCUUUGAGGAUGUGGCUGUGGACUUCACCCAGGAGGAGUGGACUUUGUUGGAUCAGACGCAGAGAGAUCUCUAUAGAGACGUGAUGUUGGAGACCUAUAAGAAUCUCAUUACUCUAGGGUAUGAGUCUUGCAAACCCAGUGUCAGCUCUGCACUGGAAGGAGCAGAAGAGCUGAGGACAGGAGCCAGAGUUCUGCAGGAAUUGGAUUUACAACUCAAAACCAAAGUUUCCACACCUCUUCAAGAUAUUUCUGUGGGAAAAACACCAAAUGGAAUACAAUUGGAGGGAAGCAAUGCUGGAGUGAAACAGUAUGGUUCUAACCAAUGUGGAAAAAUAUUUAGUGAACACUCAUUUCUUAUGACUCACAUUAGACAGAAAACUUCUAAAGGUUAUCAGAAUAGAAAAGUAUUCAAAAAGGACUUUGAUCAAACCUUCAAGGAAAUCCACUUUGGGGAGAAAACUUAUGUGUGUGUUCAACAUGAAAAGGCCUCUUGUCAGCUUUCAAAUCUUACUGGGCACAAAAAAACUCAGACACAACAAAAAUUGUGUGAAUGCAAAGAUUGUCAGAAAACAUUUGUUAAUCAGUCAUCCUUAAAGGUACAUAUGAGACACCAUACUGGAGAAAAAACAUAUGAAUGUAAAGAAUGUGGGAAAACUUUCACCCAUUCCUUAUACCUUACAGAUCAUAUAAAAAUUCACAGUGGAAAAAAGCCCUACGUAUGCAUGGAAUGUGGGAAAGCCUUUACUCGAUCCACAGGACUUAUUUUACACAUACGAAUUCACACUGGAGAAAAAUCAUAUGAAUGUAAGGAAUGUGGAAAAGCCUUUAUUCAUUCUUCGUACCUUAUGAAACAUGGAAGGAUUCACAGUGGAGAGAAGCCAUAUCUUUGUAAGGAAUGUGGGAAAACUUUUACCCGUUCCUCAGGACUUGUCUUACAUAUGCGAACACACACGGGAGAAAAACCCUAUGUAUGUAAGCAGUGUGGGAAAGCCUUUAAUAAUUCUUCAAUGCUUAAUCAACACAUAAGGACGCACACUGGAGAGAAACCAUAUGAAUGCAAGCAUUGUGGGAAAGCCUUCACUCAGUCAUCAGGCCUUACUACUCAUGUAAGAACUCACACUGGGGAGAAGGCCUAUGAAUGUAAAGAAUGUGGAAAAGCAUUUGCUCGUUCCACAAAUCUUAAUAUGCACAUGCGAACGCACACUGGAGAAAAGCCAUACAAAUGUAAAGAAUGUGGGAAAACCUUUAGAUAUGCCACAUGCCUUAAUAUUCACAUGCGAACGCACACUGGAGAGAAACCAUAUGAAUGUAAGGAAUGUGGGAAAACCUUCACUCAAUCUUCAGCACUCACUAAACAUCUAAGAACUAAGGCAUGUGAAAAACCCUGGAAAUCUUCCUCAGACCUUAGUAUUCACAUCUAAACUCAUCUGGAUAAAGACCUUAUGAAAGCAGCUCAUUCUUCAGUGAGGCACCGAGCAGCUUCCCCAGCAGAUGCAGAGAAGCAUGUCUUUGUAGAGACUCUGACUGGUGAGACUGUAACCCUCAAGGUCAUUUCUAAGUGACACCAUUGAGAAUGUCAAAACUG